AUGUCGUACGAUGAUCGUGUCUUAUUCUCCGCCACAACAAAUGCGCUGUCGCACUUCGCGGAUCUGGUGAAUGCCAUUGCGGUGACAAACUCCACUAUGGAGGUGCUGGUGACCCCAAGAGGGCUCAUGUUCAAGACUACAGAGAGAGGUGUGUUUGAGAUAUCAACAUUGUUGGAACCUGGCUUUUUUAAAAACUUCGAUUUAAUUACAACCGAUCAGCCGAUUCGUGUGUUUUUGGAUAUGGACUCAUUCAUAGAAAGCGUGAAUCUUGCAAACACCAUGGCCGCAGCUUCAGAGUCGUCUGGUGAGACGGUGCAGUGUACAUUCUCGUAUCACCAUAUCGGGGAUCCGUUUAUUGUGACAUUUGAGGAUGAUCAGAUAUUAGAGAGGGUUGAGUUUAUGAUAAUAAGUGAUACCGGCCUUGAAAAUGAAGAUUCUACGGACUCUGCUAUCACCGGUGAGAACCAGGGCGACUACUUCCAGAUAGACCCCUCCAGGUUGUGUCUAGAUAUGAUGCUAGACUCGGCAAUGCUAUACGGAAUUCUCAAAGACCUAAAGGAGGUGAAAACAGAGCAGAUAUAUCUCUAUUGUGCAAUUGAAGACGACAAUCCCCGAGUGGUAUUCGUCUCCAAAGGUGAAGUGGGCUAUAGUCGAAUGACACUCCCCAACAUCAACAACGCUCUCAAAGAAAUGGCAAUAUACAGAGACGAACGUCCCACAACAGAAGACUCAGUGUCAACAUUCUACAGCUUCGAGAGUUUUUCUAAAAUCCUCAGGACCGCCAGUUUAGCUACCACCAUCAAGUUCAAGAUAGACACUGAUGGCCGCACGGUAAUGAGUCUACUGAUCACCAAUACAAAGUCCUCUAUAACAACGGUGAUCGAGUUCAAAGUUCUUCAGACUUCAGACUUGAACCAUGAUGCUAGUAUGAUCAAUAAUACCUUCAUGACCAGACUGGUCUCGAAGGAGCAGAAGGUCAGUACUAGCAGACACUCCAACACAGCAGGUACUCAACUAGAGACCUUGGUCAAUGUCGAAAGAGCCCAGCAUCGCCGCACAGAAAGUGGCCAAGAUUUACCAUUAUUCCUAUAG